AUGCGCGAAGAAGCAUUUGCAGAUUUACGACAGCUUAUGCUGCCAUCAGUACUCAUGGCCCCAACUCGAACACGAAUCAUCCUGCAACGACGCCUCGGAAGUGGGACUCGGUCCCGUCCUUCCCAAUGGAUCGGUGCAAAACAUCAGGAGUUACGGCAAAAGCAGGCAAGAGGGCUUGCUGAUUACUCCAUGAGCCCUGUAGGUCCACCUCCUGAUAUUGAUGAUGAUGAUGAUGAGAUGGACCCAAAUUAUGCCAUAGUGAAUCACUUCAGAGAGGCUUAUCCAGCAGCAAAUGUCUACAGGCCAUCAUCUCCCCCUGUAGCAGAAACUUUUGGAUACCCACGGGAUAUCCCUUCAGUGUCAGGAGAGAGGGAGCAUUUGGAAGGACUGUAUGCAAAGAUAAACAAGCAGCACCAUCCACAGACUUCUGCUGACAGUGGCUGUCCAGCUGGUGGGAAUGCAGACCGUAUCCAGAAGCUACGGAAGGAAUACCAUCAGGCCAGGCGAGACGGUUUAGCUUUCUAUGAGGAUGAUGAGAUGAGAACAUGGUCAUCUGAUUAUGAUCAGCACUGGGUGUCUGGAAAAGGUCCAGAUGGGAGUUCACACAAUCUCCACUUUGAAGGGAUGGAAAGGCAAUAUGCAUCCUUACCCAGGUGUGGCCCAGCAGAACCAAUGGAGUAUUCAACAGGGCCCCGAGUGAUAUACAAAGAGCGAGAUCUUCCAUACUACCCAGGAGGGCAGCCUGCUGUCCACCCCUCUAAAGGAACCUACCCUCGUGCACAAGACAUGAGGGCAGCAGAAUUGCGGUAUCCCCAGUAUUACCCAAGCCAGCAACUAACCACUCAGAACAAGGGACCCCUCCGCCAGGAUGUCCCUCCUUCACCUCCCCAACCACACAGAGUACCAGCUUAUAAUGAAAUGGGCCGAACAGGGCAGCGUGGGAGCAGCCCGGAUCAAUACCAAUAUAGACAUCAGGAUUCCAGGCAGAAGAAUCCCGUGACUGCAGCUGUAUAGCCUGAAACUGGACUUUGUCAACAUGGGCUGGGAUGGAGGAUUCCUGACAUUCCCUUUUUUACAGUUGGUCCUAGCAAGCUUAACUGCAUGUAGGAAUGGCACCUUAACUGGAAUCAUUCUUACUGAACCUGCCUCAGGAUAGGUUCAUUUUCACAGGAAUCUUGGGCCAUAUCAGAUUGAGACUGUGUCUUUUAGGUACGUGCAUUACCAGACAUUCAGAUGUUUUUAACACCAGUUAAAAAUAGAAAGUGAUGGCUGAAAAGUAAGUGCAACUGUUAGUACAGCUCAGGGCUAUUUACCACAUCUGGCUACACACACAUACAGACACACAGUGCACCCUCUGUAAAAGACCAGUGGUGUUAUCACCAGAGUCCAUUUUGGAUCUACACCGCAGAAGUAUUAUAUCACAGAAGCCUUCUGGUGACCUGACCCUGUGUUCAGUGCAGUGCUGCUCUUCUCGGGAUCAGAGAGUCUUGUGUAAUCUAGUGCCGUGUGCAGUGGUGACUUUACCAAUGACUUCCGUGCUGUUCCACUCCCACACGAAUCAGCAGUUUUAUAUUUUGAGAAUGCCAUAAUCAUUGGUUUUUAAUCUUGCCUGUCUCUUCCUCUUUCUGCUUGUUUGCUGGAACAUGCAUGUGGGAGCCCUCAUUUUUGGUAAUUCUGCAUCAAGUUUAUCCUCUUUUCAUAUUGCAGAUAACACAGUUGGACUAAAAUGAACUAAACUUGGGCAGUUUGGAGAGUAUUCAUAGAACUGUCCUACAGGAUCAUUAGGGGAUGAGGCAACCAUCUGAAAAAUGUCUGUCUGUUCCCAUGUGUACGUAUAUUAUGCAGUGCACAGCUCUUAAAUGGAAAGCCUAGGGGCCAGGUGCUCAGCAGCUGUCAAUGAGUGUAGCUUUCUUGACUUCAGUGGAGCUAAUCCUAUUUAUACCUGCUGAGGAUCUGGCCUGAGGUGUGAAGUACAGUAAGUGCUAUUAAAUUGUUACUCCAUCAAGUAUUCAGAUGGAUCAGGGAGGGCAGAGCCUGUACUUGCCCCUACUCUAGUCAGGUUUGCAUAAAGGUGUCUGCUGGUAUAUCAGUUAAUGAAUUCUGAGCCUGCAGUUGUAGGCUUCUGUGCUAUUCUUCUGCUGUCAGUGUGCAUGGCCCCUGCCGCUCGAAUUGUCACCUGUUAAUGCAGGGCCCACUGCUGAUCACUGCAAGGAAGCUCAGGCUCUGGCAGUGCCAGUACUGUGCAAAAUGCCAAGCAAUGCCAAUUCGCCUGGCAGUGCUCUGCACAGCAACUGGGAAAAAGGGGGUAAGGGGGAGGCUUUAGGCUUUUAAAAGCAACGGGAUGGAGAAGAGAAUGAGGAUAACAGAGGAGAGAUUGCUUUAGAAACGUUGGGGGCAAAGAGAAAAGGAAUGAGGAGAAUGGUUUAAACAAUUAAGGUUUUUUAAAACAAUUAGGUGAGGAGAGGAGAGACGCUGAGGUUCAUGGAGAAAGAGAAGACAAGGGGAAGGACAAGUGGAGUGGGAGCAGGAGAAGGUAGAAGAAGGACCUAGCUUCUUUCCCCCAACUCUCUGCAGACAUUAGUUCAGGGCUGCUCUGGCCUUAAGGAGGUGAAAGAUGCUCUGAGGCAGUUUGAAAUAUGCCUCCCAGCCAUGCGACUUCCCAACUCCACAGACAUUUGCUGUGCAGUCUAACCGGGCUUCAGAUGCUUGGAUGCUUCGCUCAAUGAUUUGUCAUGCUAAGCAUUGCUUAGGGAACCACAGAGCCUGUAACUAGGAACACAUUUUAAGUAGCUUCUGAGUGUCCAUCAUUCUUCAAGCUCUGCCUUUGGAAGCAACAGAAGCUCGUUUGGGCCCCUCCCCCCAAACGAGCUUCUGUUGAGAGAGAGGUCUGGGACCUGGCCUGGCUGACGCCCUUUGGUACGCAGCAAAUGCAUCAGGAUUCAUUGCACAGCUCACCUCCCAGUUAUAGAUCACACAAAGGGUCCCUUCAUCUGUUGCGUAUCCCUUUAUCAGGACUGGUAAGAAUUCAUUCACUCUCUGGAGACUGGUGCAGGGUGUAUCUGAGUCUCACACAGGUUUGCACAGCUGCAUUCCGAGGGGCUCUUCCAACCAUUAGAUUCAUUCCCAUUCCACUGUGAACACUGUGUAGGGGACAUGCCACACACAGCCUUGUACUUCUUUGAACGAGCUUUCUGUACUGGGUGGUAGACUCGGUUAAUAAAGAUUUGGCAGCCACAGGGUAGCUGCUAGUGACAUGCAUGUCCACCUAAAGCAAAGUGAACACAAAUUCAAAUACUUUCCUUUCAUCUUUUGAAAUACAGCCCCAGAUGCAUUUGAUCCAGCUGUAAAGAAACAAAUAUGUUUGCGACAGUGGCUUGAUCAAGCCAGACCACAAUUAAGAACAGCUCUGAAUAUAAGCUACUGCCUUAUCCUUCAUUACCUACUAACCCUUCAAAUGCUCCGCAGCACAGCUUACAGAACUCAUUUACAGUAUUUCAUGAGCCAGGGCCGAAUAAAAACAGGAUGGAAACAGCUUCUGGGUUAUUUAUGGCCUUUGAAGGGCUUGCUCAAUUGUCUCUAUGUAACCUGAAACCUCCUGUGAAGGCUCACAUUGACUGCAAUGGCACCACUUGGUUAGGGGAGUCAGUUCAAACGAGCACCUUCCAAGUUGUUAAUCUUACUCAACAUGUUACACAGAAGAGACUUAACAAAAAAUAGUAGAUACUAGUAUAAUAUAUGGACACAUCAUACACGGCUGGAAGCUAUGAAGGAGAAAAUUUGACCUUGCUGGGGGACAGGAGCAAAAGAUAUUACAGACCAUCUCAUUAAUCUAUGGUGCUGGUGUAGGAGAAAAUUGCAAUUUGCUGGUUUAAUAUCUUGUAGAGGUACUGUAUUUGCAAAGCAUGAUAUGUAACUACUGUAUAUAUAGUCUUCUUCUGUGCAAUGUAAAAUGUAUGAUUUUAGCACCAUAUUGUGGAAAAUAUGUACCGUGCAAAUUUCACGAGGUGCUACAACUGACAGUUGAAAAUACACCACUUGCAAAAUCCAAAAGAGCCGUUCAGUAGCAGGUUGCUCUUUUUCCCCAUAUGUCCAUAUGUUUUGGAGUGUUACAUGUCUGAAAUGCUCUUGACACAUAGUUGCCUCACACUCCUUCAUCAAAAAUGUGCCAAUCCAGCAAAAACCUUCCUGCCGUGAUCUGGGUUUGCAAGGACAGCCCAGGUUACUGCAGGAGGCAGAACGCUGUACAUUUGCACGGUGGCAUGAAUCAGGAUUAAACAAGAGCAACCUGCUUGCAUGCCAGGAAGGCUGCUGUGACGCCCCAAGCUGCUGUGCUGGCUGAGUUGCAGCAUCAGUUUCUGAUAAAGAGGCAGUUGGGUGGUGAAGGAUUUAGAGACACAAAUAGAAACUGGUGACUUGCUGAGUGACCGAGCACUCGUGAUCCACUGACAUUGGCCUAUGAGGAACCAUUACCACUGUGAUAACUGCUAUUAUAAGGAGGCUCUGUGGGCACUCUUGCAAAGAUGUCUUUCUG